AUGUCCCAGUGCCACCCCGUGUCCCCAGUGUCUCCCCACGUCCCGCCCGGGGUCCCCCACGUCCCGGUGCCUCCCCGUGUCCCCAGGGGGGUGGACCUGGUGGUGGAGGUGGCACAUCCCUGUGUGGCCCGGGAGCACGGCGAGGACAUCCUGGCCCACGCCGACUUCAUGCUGGGGUCCCCCACGGCGCUGGCUGACCCCGAGACCGAGCGGCGGCUGCGGGGGGCGGCGGCGCGGGGGGGCCACACGCUCUACGUCCCCCGGGGCGCCCUGUGCUGCGAGGACAUCCAGCGCAUGGACCGGGCUGGCACGCUGGCCGCGCUGAAGGUGACGAUGACGAAGGCCCCGCAGAGCUUCCGCCUGGAAGGGUGGCUGCAGGAGCGGCUGGCGGCGGCGGGGGGGGCGCGGUCGGUGCUCUACGAGGGUCCCCUCCGGCCCCUCUGCCCCCUCGCCCCCAACAACGUCAACACCAUGGCGGCCGCGGCCGUGGCCGCCCCCCGGCUCGGUUUCGACGGCGUCCGCGCCUGUUUGGUGGCCGACCCCAGUGUCCCCGACUGGCACCUCGUGGAGGUGGAGGUGACGAGCGUGGGGGACGCGGGGCGGGCGCUGAGCGUCACCAGCACCCGCCGCAACCCGGCGGCACCGGGGGCUGUCACCGGCCAGGCCACCCGCCACGCCUUCUGGAGCAGCCUGCAGGCCUGCCACGGACAUGGCGGAUGCGUCCAGCUCUGCUGAAGCCGCCGGACCGCGGACAGCCCGAGGGACGGACGCGUGUGUGGGGGGGACAGACCGACGGACAGACGCGUGGGGGGGGGACAGACCGAGGGACAUUAAAGGCACCGGCACCGCGGCGGCUGCGCCUCG